GAGUUCUACACGCAGUCAGCCAGUUCCCUCCAGACGAGAUACAAUAUCUUGGAGACGGAAAUUGGACGAUCGGCGGUGUUAUCACUCCUCUCAGAACUCAUCAGGUCAUCAAUGUUGGUUUCAUGAGAUGACGAGAAAAGGCCACAAGCGGUUCGAAGGGUGGCAUCCUGGCUGACCAGAUGGGCCUUGGUAAGACUGUCUGCAGUCUGACAAGUAUGGUUCAGGGCAAGUCUCUAUGUGGCCCAAGAGAAUCCACUACUAGUCUGGUCAUCGUUCCCAAGUCGCUCAAGAAUCAAUGGAUCCAGGAAGCUCUAGCGCACGCCGUAUUGCGCCGAAUCGAAGGAGGUGCAGGGUCUCAGUGUUGUCAUUGCCUACAGCACAGAUGGCGUUCCCAAAUCACUAAUACAGCAGUUCAAGAUGGCCGAUCUCGUCGUUGCCACGUACCCAGAACUAGUGAGCGGUUUCAACCUCAAAAGCCACAAGUAUCCGGAAAAUAUAUCUGAAGCAGAAAAGCAAACUCACUUUGACAAGGUCAUUCGACCGACCCUCUGUGCGCUUUUUCAAUUCAGAUUCCGAGCAAUCUUCAUUGAUGAAGGACACAUCAUCCGCAACGUCAAGACUAUGUUUGCUCAAGCGGUGCAGAAACUCGACGGCAAGCAUCGUUGGGUCUUGACAGGCACGCCCAUGACAAAUAGUCCUAAAGACUUGUAUUCUCUCCUCACCUUUAUCCGCCAUCCCGAAGCGUUGAAAUUGACGUUCAAGCAAUUCGAGAAGCGUCAUAGGGGCGAGAUUGAGGAUGACAGCAAGGGCAAGAGCAAGGGCGGAGGUAGGGGUACUGGUAAGGGCAAGAGCAAGGUCAAGGGCAAGAGCAAAGGUAAUAGCAAAGACGACGACAAAAAGGGGGUAGACGAAAAGUGGAUUGCAGGCCUCCUGAAGAACUGCAUGAGCCGCUGGACCUACGAAGACGAAUUGUUCGCUCAAUUACUAAUUGGUAUACCGACCCCCAAGAUCAUCGACUGGACCCAGGAGUUCUCAGCACCCGAGAGGAUCAUCUACUCAGUUGUGUGUGAGCGACUGCUCCUGCUUGCGAUCGAUAUGGUAAACGAUCAUAGUAGCGUUGAUGCAUCCCAGUACAUCAAGGGCCAGCUCAUGCUACUCAGAAUGAUGAUAGGUCAUGUACUUACGACACUUACUCCGUUCACUUCUCUGACCGAUGAAGACAUGACCAAGAUCUUCACGCAGAUCUCUAUCACCGCCGACCCCUACGCGCAAGACUACAUCGAGGCUCUCAAGAAGAUUCACAAGAACGCUCGAUGUGUAAUUUGCCACAAAGGAGCCCAGGACAAGCAAUACACGAGAUGUUACCAUGUGCACUGCGGCCCCUGUCUCGAUGAACAGAAGCGUCUUGCAAUUGAACACAAUCUUGAUUGUGCGGAGUGUGUGGUUUGCAAGUCUCCAAUCAGCGAAGUCACUAUCAUAUUAGAAGUGAUAAAGGAGGAACAUGAGGAGGAGAAGAAAUACCAGCCUCAAGAAGAGAAACUCAAGGCAGAAGCAAACGAGGCCGAUCCUGAAGUGAAGGAGGCCGUUCUCGAAGAAGAGGAAGAUGAAUCUGAAAAGAAGGUUGAAGAACCCAGAUGGCUCAACAAGGAGGGAAACGUCAUUCCAUCUACGAAAUCUGCCGCCUCGGUGAGCUUCCUCAAAAGCUGGCGCGCCGCAGAUCCGCAGGCUAAGGCUGUUGUCUUCACCGGCUUCAAGGACUCUCAUAGGUUUCUGGAAGCUACCUUCAGUCAGAAAGAUUGGAAGCUCACUACACUGACCUCGGACAUGUCGGGUGCAGAGAGAGAUGUAAGUGUGAAGCGGUUCGAAGAGGAUCCCGAGAUCUUCAUUAUGCUUGCCAUGAGCGGAGUUGGAGAAGUUGGUUUGAACUUGACAGUCGCACAGUACCUCAUCAACUAUGACAACUACUUCAACGAAUCUACCGAGCUACAAACUCGCGGUAGAAUCUACCGUAUCGGUCAAGAGAAGGAGACCACAAUGGUCUCCCUCACCGUGGCCGGCACAGUCGAUGAUCGCAUUGUGGAAAUCAAGCGCCGCAAGAUAACUGAUAUCCAAAAGGUCAUAAAGGCAUCAAACGUGGAAAGAGCAAAGGCUCUUCUGGCGAUGUUCAAGAGGUCCAAGAUCAAUGACGAUGAGGAGCCGGUUUGGCUGGACGAUACUGGAAUCGAAGCAGAUGCAACAUGAUCGGAGCGAGGAAGAAACACUGUAAAGUUGGAUGCGAAUGGAAAAGGCACGAAGAACUGGGAACCACUUACGAGAAAGCAAACCACGGGAAGUGAUUCAUUUUGUUUCACUUUAUCUCAUCUUAUCACUAUCAAUAUUCAUCGAUCAUCAAAACAUAUUCUUGC